CCUCCACCUUCUACCACGUCGCCACCGGAGAAGCACCCCAGGUCGCCGCCGCCCCGUCCAUCUUCUGCCGCGCUGCCCCGCCCCCGUCCACCUUCUGCCGCGCCGCCAGAGCACCACCCAGGCCGCCGCCGCGCCCCGCCCAACCCCCGUCCACCUUCUUCCAAAGCCGCCACCGGAGCACCACUCCCAGGCCGCUGUCGCGCGGCUCCCCGAGCCACCUUCCUCUCCGCGCUCGCCACCGCAAGCCACCCCCCCACCUUCCUCUCUACAGCCGGCCGCCGCGAGCCAGCGUCGCUCCGCCGCCUCCAUCUCUGUGCGCGGCCGCGGCAAGCCAGCACCGCCGAACCACCUUCCUCUCCGCGCCUGGCCGCCGUGAGCAGGUGCCGCCCCGCCAGCUUCUUCUCCGCGCCCAACCGCCUUGAGGUGUGCGACCCCGACCACAUCUUCACCGGCCACGGACCCAUGGAUCCCGUGUCGGAUCCGAGUUCCUCCCUCCCUGAGCAACACCGCGCCCACCUGAAUCGCCGAGGACGAGCUCUCUCCUCCUCGUGGCGGUCUCCGGCCAGGGCCUCAUCUGCGCCAUCCGUGGUGCUCCGGCGCCGCCCCACCUCAUGCAGCUCGGUCGCGGCCCCCGUGCAGCUCGGCCGCGGCCCCCAUCUUCGUGCAGGUUUGCCGGCCACCGCUUGCCUCUGCUGGCCUCCCUCGUCGUCAGCCAUGACGCCGCAACCACCGGCCUCGAGCAUCCUCUCCUCCCCAUCGAUUGUUUUUUGCUUUUUUUAUAUUUCACUUGGGCACAUCGCUGCAGUUCUCUUGGGGCAUCAGUGCGUUGCGGCUGGAUGUCCAGUCCACCGGCGGUCGUUGCUUGCAGUCCGGUGGCACGAGGCUCGUGGUCGGAUGUGCAGUGCAGUGCUAUUCGCCCUUCCGCGCUGCAGUUCGCCGGCAGAUGUGUUGACCAUCCAAGAUCAACUGCACCCCUCCCCCCACCGGCGCCAUGCAGUCCAGUACGUGGGGGCACGCAGCACGCCCCACCGGCGCCGUGCAGUCCAAAGUGUGUGUGCAAGCAGCACGCCACCCAUUCCCAAGCCCAUCUCUCUCCCUCCUCACACACGCUCCAAGCGCUCUCUAGCUCACCAAGCUGCGGGAGGCCUUCGCCGGCCUCGGCCAGAUCAGCGACAAGGAGAAGUCCGGAUUCAUCAGCCUCGUCUCCCGCUACCUCAGGUAAUUUCUUUGUGCUGCAUCAGAGACGGUUCUGCUCCCGUUCAUCAUCCAUGGUGUCGAUGUUGUCAGUGUAAUCUCGCGACGGAUGGGUUCUUUUCAUCCUCUCCAGCUAGUUCUACGAUGAGCAGCUGCUAUCGCUCACUUUCCUCCCCCACAAUGCAGUGUGGCAGGGCGGCGCUUGCAGUGCGGCACUCACGGCUGAGCAGCGAACCCACUGAACCUAUCGAGUAGAUGAGACCGACGAAUCCCUGCAGAAAAUGGAAGAUCCCAUCCAUCAUUUCUUGCAUCUUUGCCAUGUUUUUCUAGUGAUUGCUCUGAUGAUCCGUUGUGCAAGAUAGGCUGAAGACCCAGCCUUCUUCGGUACGACAUCAACGGAGUACUCUUUGUGCUGAAACCAUGCCUUUUUGUUGUUGUUGUUGUUGCGAAACACAAGUUUAUUUUAGUAUUAGAAUCAUUAGCAAGAAUGUCUGGGAACUUGCUUUCAGUGAGAUAUAGGUUCUUUUUUCUAGGCAGAAACGGGAGUUACAGAAACCUACGAAAUUAGUAGAUUGCAAUGCUCAUUAUCUCAGAUCACAAGUUAUCUUGUUUAGUUGCAUAUAAGGUGUUACUGGUAACGGAUGCAUAACUUUGAUUUAGCUACUAAAUAUCUCAUCAUGUAUUUGCUAGAUUCAGUCCCAAAGUCCUGCAUCGCAUCAAUGUUUCUUCCUACAUAUGUUCUGCUAGAAACAUUAGGUUAAAAAAGAGUACUCUCGUUCAGAGUGACAACCACAAAAAACAGGUACAUAGCAAGCAAACACAUCAGAUGUCUCAAGUGUAAAUUCUCUAUCAAAUACUUGUUCAGAAGUCGCCACUAUUACAGACAGUUCUGGUUCCAGUUCCCUACCACUGAGGAGAGCUUCAUCCCUCGCAUGCACAGCUCAAGAUAAUAGCACAGCAGAAAAACUAUUCUGCUUGGUGUGCAGCAGACAGACUAUUUUGCAAGAGGGCACGACUCACAUGAUCGACACGCUCAAGGCGGCGCUUGCAGGGCGGCACUCACGGCCGAGCAGCGAACCCAGCUACCGACCAGAGGGAACCAAGGCCUCAUCAUUCACAUAUCUAGCUCUGACCAGGACAGCAAAGAGCGUGCUGUGGCCAAGAUCAAUUUUCUCAGCCUCACGGACUAUGUGGACCCCAAGCAGAAGACCGGCAGGGGAGCGGCCGCUCUGUCGAGCAGCAACAAGUCCAUGUAUACCUUGAUGAAUGUCGUGCAAGCGCUGAAUAGCAACCACAGCUUUGUGCCAUACAGGCAGAGCAAAGUUACUCGUAUUCUGCAAGACUCUUUGUGCAAGACGAGCGGGGCUGUGGUGAUUCCUUCUUGGUAAGCCAUACUCACCAUCUUCAUCUAGUGUGGUGUUGUUUUGCUCAUUGCAAGAGGCACGAAAGAGGUUAAUUUGUAUAACAGCACCUUCUAGUGCGGUGCUCACGGCCGUGCGUGUUAGCCGGCGUGGCCGCUACGGUUGGCCGCGCCAGCCACUCCCCGGGCACCGGGGACCUGAUUGCUUUCUUUCUUUUUUGGUUGAGGGGAGUUCCACAAAAUUUAGUUUGCGGCAGCGUGGUUCGACACAGAGUGAAGUUUGUUGGCGCGGGCGGCGUUUUGUUCUUUUAUUUGUAUAGAAAAAAAUUUCAUCUCUCUCGUCAGGCACAAGUAGCCUAUUUUAUUUGGAAUAUGUAGUUCAGGGGCAUGGUCACUCCUGGUCUCCACCGACCUCUCAGGUUGCCAUUGGCCAUUUUGGCUGACUUUGCAGGUGUAGUAUGCCCCUGAGGUGUGAUCUAGUGCAGCACUGUUCGUCUGGUGACAGUGUUGAUUUUGUGUGUAUGUUGUGUGUGUUUUUGUGUAAAAAGAAAGAAAAGAUAUAUAUG